CCCUAGCCACGGCUAGUGAAGACCUGCGAAGUUUGUCUGUUCCGGGGCACCGUAGCGGCUCUUACCGGGGCCCGGCGGGCCGGGUUCAGUGGGGCAGGGCUGAGCCAAGCGGCUUGGAGCCCGGCUCAGCCCGGGAGACCCCGAUGGUUGCGGUGUUUCUUGUCACGCUUUAUGAAUACUCGCCGCUUUUCUGUAUCGCGGUGGUAUUUACCUGCUUCAUCGUGACCACCGGCCUGGUACUAGGAUGGUUUGGUUGGGAUGUUCCAGUACUUCUGAGGAAUUCAGAACAGACUCAGUUCAGCACAAGAGUUUUCAAAAAGCAAAUGAGACAAGUGAAGAACCCUUUUGGCUUAGAGAUCACUAACCCAUCCACAGCUUCGAUUACAACUGGAAUAACCCUGACAACAGAUUGCCUUGAAGAUAGCCGCCUUACAUGCUACUGGGGGUGCAGUGUCCAAAAAUUAUAUGAAGCUCUGCAGAAGCACGUUUACUGCUUCAGAAUAAGCACUCCCCAUGCAUUGGAAGACGCCUUGUAUAGUGAAUAUCUCUACCAAGAACAGUAUUUUAUUAAAAAGGACAGCAAAGAAGAAAUAUAUUGCCAGUUACCAAGAGAUACUAAAAUUGAAGACUUUGGCCCAGUGCCCAGAUCUCGCUAUCCAUUGGUAGCACUGUUGACCUUAGCUGAUGAGGAUGACCGAGAAAUUUAUGAUAUUAUUUCCAUGGUGUCAGUAAUUCAUAUUCCAGAUAAGACAUAUAAACUUUCCUGCAGAAUAUUGUAUCAAUAUUUACUACUGGCUCAAGGUCAAUUUCAUGAUCUGAAGCAACUUUUCAUGUCCGCAAAUGACAAUUCCACUCCCUCCAGCAGUCCCUCUCCAGAAGGAAAAACCACUGACCAGACUCUCUUGGAAAAGGCUGGACUGUGUGAUGGUGACAUGGAGCCAUCGGAGGAGAACAGCAAGGACUGUGUGGUUUGCCAGAAUGGUAGUGUGAACUGGGUGCUCUUGCCCUGUCGGCACACAUGCCUGUGCGACAGCUGCGUCAGGUAUUUCCAGCAGUGUCCAAUGUGCAGGCAGUUUGUGCAGGAAUCCUUUCCUCUCUGCAAUCAGAAGGAAGGAGCAAGAUAAAGACAAGCUGAAAACUCUUUGAGGAUGUGUGGCUACAACCAUAAGUACAGUUGCUACCUAAGAGGCAGAAAUCUGAGUCCUCAGAUCAAUCACAUGGAAUCCACAAUAUUGACCCUCAAAGAACUUACUCCUCUCACUUCCUAUUUGUUCAUGGAUGAUGGAAAUUAAUUCUUCCUGCCUAGUAUGAUGAACACUGGAGUCCUAUCUUUGUUCAUACAGAAAAAUUCAUUCAGCUCUUGAGAAGAAUGUCCACACUUCGCUUUUUAUCAACUUGAAGAUUUUACACAUUGUUAAUGAAAAAAUUCACUUUGAAAAACAACCCUUCAGAAAUCUGAGGAGGUCUGAGUCUCCAAAUGGCUAUUUUCCCUUUUACAUAAUCUGGAGUGAAGUUAGGAAAAAUGUGAAUUCUUUAAAGUAUGUGCUCCAGUUUAUAAAGAAGUGGAAAGAGUUUCUUACCUGAAAUCCUUUCCUGAAACUUGUUUUUAUAACUAUCCCGCUGUUUGAUUUCUAAUUUCCUUAUCAUCAUUGUUAUCUAAGCACAAAUCUUAAUUUUUAAAUUUGGAUUCUUAAAUCAUAAAUGCAAGGUAAAAUUCUUGACUAUUCUCACUGUAUCUUAGAUUACAAUGAUAUUCACCUACAGAAGCAGAUAUAUGAAGCCUGAAUAAUAAAAUUUUGUGGAUAAUUAAAUUUA